AGCACGGAAGCUCAUGCAGACGCAUCCACUCAGGAGUGCCCUGGACAUUGGUGGCAGAUUGGCCUGCUCUGUGAGCAUCGCGAUGAUCAAGUGCGUCCGAAAGGCGUGUGCUUAUCUUUAACUCGUGCAGGUCGUCUUUUUUGGUGCCGGGCAAUGCUGGCCGGUCCGCUUUGUCUUCCAUGCCUUGCUCUCACCAACGCUUGGGGUGCGUGUAGACAUGAGUUCGUGAUGAGGCAGACAGCGUACUUAAGAUGCCCCCCCUCAACAGAUGCUCCUAGGUUUUGGAUGGUAUGCGCUAUUUUUAGAGCCAAGCGCGAGGGCGAGCACGGCAGAAUCCUACCCAUCCGAAAGAUCAGCUCGUGCCGAAACGGCUCGAGGAUCAUGUCAUGACGUACGUCCAGGUGAAGGCUCGCCCCAGCGCUCAGGAGUGCCGCUUUCCCCUCGGCGCUUCAGAGAGGUAUGCGUCGGUGCGGCAUUCCCACCACAGCAGUCCUUGCACCGCGCAGAUUCUGAAAUCAUGUGCGGUGCCUGUCACGAGGCAGCUUGCUCACUAUCUGACGAAGGCCAUCUGAACUCGCCAGCGAUCGGUUCAACUGUGUCAGUGAAUAGUACUCGUGCCCCACAGCCGUCACCAGAAACAGUUGCCCUUCCGGAGAAGUCAAGACAAAGCAAGCCUCACAGAAGUGCUGAUGCCCUCAGAGACCAUGAAUCAAUGGACAAGGAGGACAGCGACGUUGCGUCUGCCGCGCUCUAUUACCAGAGGAGCCCACCUCCUACAAGGACACGCAGCACCGAGAGCCUGAGUGCACUCCAUGAUCGCCGCCGAAGCACCAAAAUACAGUGCGCCUCGAUGAAGACUGUGCCACACUGCUGGACUUUCGAGAUCGACGAAAGCAGUACCUUUCCAGCAGAAAUGGGCAGCGAAGCGCACCUCAGCGCCACCGGAGCAGUGCCAUCAUCGGGUUCUGGUCGCCAAAGCAUCGAAAGCGAAAGGGACUGCGAGGACGACGACAGCGACAGCAGUGGAGAAUUGUUCAGGUGCGGCAUGGAUGGCUUCCCAAACUACCCGACUUCGUCGGCAGAUCCGUACACACAUGCGGGCGGCGUCAACAGCGUAGCUUGGCCGACCGUCGUCAAUGCCUCUACGCAUCGGCACGAAUGUGCGACGGGUAUGAACAGGGCCAGCUGGACGUCAGAUGCAAGUGGUGACGUCAACUUGUCUCGGAGGUCUCGCACUCUCUCGACAAUUUCAGAAAAGUCGAGCACAUUGGAGAGAGGCGGCAGCUCAGGCAGUCUCCAAAGCGGACGCGUUGUGCAGCGAUGGGUUGAACAGGAGGCAUGCUCAUCGAUCCACGAAGAGGCAAAUCUGUUCUGCCGCAGCCCCCUUCAGGCUCCCACUGCAGCGUCUGAAGGCUUCGAGGCCACCAUGCGGAAGAGUUAUCCGGGGAUGUGCGCCACGGAUGUCAUGGACGCACUCGAAUCAUCCCUGCCGCUCUCCUCUUUGCGGAUGACCGCGACAUCUAGUGGAGCAGAGCACCUCGAGCAGAACGGCUCGCAAGCCAUAUAUGUCGACUGCGCCGCGACCCAUCAAGGAAGGUGUGGUCAAAGUCCAAGCGCGAGCUCCGAGCAAAUAGCAACUCUGCAAGACCGGCUUGCACAACUCAAGCGACGUCAGGAGCGGGAAGAAGAGCAGCUCGACUCGCUUCUCAAGAGACGGAGUCAGGAAUUGUUUCGUUCGUCUUCAUCUUCUUCGAGCAGAAAUCAGGGCAUCCCAUACAUUCGUCCAGGCUUUGGCGCCUCGACGACAAGUCCUGCCUCUUCUCCAGGAAGGGCGGCAGUGCUUUUCACAGGCUCAAAUAUAGAAGAACAGUCUCCGCGACGAGCGCAGCAGAAGAGCAAUGCGGGUCUUGUGGAUCGGGGACAGACUCCCGACGAGGAGUCGCUCGAAGCGUUGCGUAGUCAUGGCUUUGCCGAUUGAGAGUGCCCGAUGGUCGCGCAGCUGGAGCCUGGGCUGGAAUGCUGCGCAAGUGUUGCAGCAGCAUCGCGUCUCGUCAUCCGACCUCGCUACCUGCAUAGAAAUGUGCCGCACGGCACGUCGGCUGGCUUGUCGAAGCGUACGGCCAGCGCUCGACUUCCAUGCCGCAAGGCUCGACUCAUCAAGUUGCGGAUGCACGUCGAAAGUUUUGCGUGACAGCGGUGGCUUGCACAUC